CAUGACCCCAGUUUGACCAGCUGAAAAAAAGCGAAAAAGCACGAUGCGGUUGCUGAAACUUGUUCAAAAUCAGAGCGUUGCCUCCCGAUUACGCAGUUAUGCGUUGUUUUGCAGGAUAGACAUUAAACGACAAUUUUUGUCAAUAUCAUGUUUAGGAAAUCACAUCCAAAGAUGUCACACGCGUCUGAUGUUCAACAGUUUACAAAAGUUCGGUGGAAAAUUUGACUUUCUACCCAAGACCUUACCAAGGACGAUCAUAUCGAGACACAAGUCGUACAAAGCAAAACCAAAGUCCCAAUUACCCUACGAAAUCGAUACCAAUGUGUCGAAAGAUGUGCUUGUGUAUUCAUUCAGUGGAAGUCGCUUCUACAAGUUAAUCACAUUGUUUGGUGCCUCUCAGUUCAUAUUUUGGAUGUAUUUGUCAAUAUUUUCAUUCAGCAGCUUGAAAGACAUUUCACAAGAAGAUGAGGACAAACAGUUAGGCAUUAAACGAGAAGAUAGUCUGGUUUUUUGCUCAAUGGUGCUGUUCAUCUGUUGGAUCUACCCACAGCGUGCUGUUAACAAGCUGUGGCUGUUGAAGGGAGGUCAAGGAGUUCAGAUAUCCACUUACUCCUGGUUUGGUAAAACACGCUCUUUCUCAGCUCCGCUAAACCAUCUUUCCUGCCUACAGUCACGAACAAGCUCUUCUUCACAGAUUUCGAUGAAGGUGAAACACAGAUGGUUCCAUUUUCUCUUGGACAAACAAGGAAUCUUUCACAACACAGAGCUGUUUGAUUAUGCUGUUGGACUUCAGAGGAAUCUAAAAAAAUAAUAUACAAACUGUUGACUGUUAAUGUAUGAGGUACAUGUAAUAAAUUUGGUGUGUGUGUGUGUA